UCAGCCACGUAAGAUUGACAAUGACGUUUGUGGUUGCAUUUUCUUUAACAGUUCAUUAAAAAAAUGCACAAAGUUUUAGGUUUCUAGAGUUUUUUUAUUUAACAUAAAUAGUGAAAUAAUAUUAAUUUUAAAAUGUAUCAUCAACAACCUGAACAAAGCUUAUCAAAUGGGAUGGAUCCACAGUUUGAGAAUAGGAAAGAUAAGGUUCAACAGUUAAUCAAUGGAGUCCAUUCUGCACAUUCAUCAAGAAGUUCAUCGCCUUCUCUUCGUUUGGGUCACAUACCGUCAUCACAACUUCCACCAAGCAGGUCUAUACCCUCGUCACAGUUGCCUCCUUCCCGUUCCCCAAUUACGGCCAUCACACAGAAAGUCGCUGGACUAGAUAUUACAAGUCAAGGUGGGCCUACAGUCACAAAAUUUAGUACAUCAACACCUAACAUUCAAAGUCCGGUAGGAUUUAGACAAAAUGGAGCAUUUUCACCUAUUACAGUGCCAAAACAAAAUAUAUCACAACCUAGUGCAGAAUUAGAGAAUGUGCCUCUAACAAGUAGUAGCAGUUCAUCAGAGAGUGUAAAAAAACCUAUAAAUAUGGUUACAAGUUCCAUACAGCCUGGUCCGGUUAUUUCUCGAACUACUACUUCUGGUAGUUCUAACCAAGUAAGUUCUGCGUCUCAGUACCAAACAACAAAUUUUAUGGAGCAACGGAUAUAUUCGAAUCAGUUUAUUCCAAGUCCGGCUGUUUCAUAUAAUCAACCCUAUCAGAAUCCACCUCCGCAAAAACCAAUCACUUCAGUUCCUCCACAAGGUCCAGUUAUUCAAAAUAAAAAUCUAACGACAGGAAUAUCUUACCCACCAACUCAACAGAAUCCGCUAAAUCGUCCGCCUCAAGUCUCUCCAUUUACAGCCAACCAAAGUGGACAAAGCUAUGCAAACGUGGGACCAUAUUCUCAACCAAGUACUUUGAAUGUUCCUGGCGACAUACGAAAUUUUAAUUCCACCACUAAUGUUUCACCUCAGUAUUUACCCAUAAACAACAAUCAGUUUAGACCUCCUAAUGUUCCUCCAACAAAUGUAUAUCAACCUCAACUGGGUCAAAAUAGCGGACCCCCAACAUCACAGAAUUUAACGACACAGAAAACAAACGUACAUUCAAAUAGAUAUCCAGUACCAGCAGCAAACAUGAAUAUGCCACCGCAGAACUUCCAACAGGCUCAGCAACCCUAUCAGAAUAAAAUCCCUGUUCAACAACAGCAAAUGCCUCCACAACCAUCAAAUAUUUAUGCGCAGCCACAGAAUUCAUAUUUGACUCAGCCUCAAAACAACUACAAUUCCCAACAGCCCUUGCAAAACCAAUACCAAGGAGUUGCCCAGGCAGGAUUUAACAAAUUUUGGGGUAUGGAAAAUUUCGAUUUACUCCAAAUUCCAAACAUUUUGCCGCAGAUGAAAGAAAAAGCCCCUCGAAUUCACUUGGGACAAGAAGCUCUAGACCAAGCAAAUUGCAGUCCUGAUAUAUUUCGCUGUACAAUGGCGAAGAUCCCUGAAAAUAAUUCUCUGUUACAAAAGUCGAGGCUUCCGUUAGGUGUAUUAAUACAUCCUUUUAGAGAUCUAAGUCACUUGCCGGUAAUUCAGUGUAACGUUAUAGUUAGGUGUCGAGCAUGCCGUACUUAUAUAAAUCCAUUUGUAUUUUUUGUCGACAGCAAAAGAUGGAAAUGUAAUUUGUGCUAUAGAGUGAAUGAAUUGCCAGAAGAAUUUCAGUAUGACCCUGUAAGUAAAACUUACGGAGACCCAUCCAGAAGACCCGAGAUAAAGUCGAGUACAAUAGAAUACAUCGCUCCUGCCGAAUAUAUGCUGAGGCCACCUCAGCCUGCUGUGUAUCUAUAUCUAUUAGAUGUUUCACGGUUGGCGAUUGAAAGUGGCUAUUUACAUUCUGUCUGUAAUAUUUUACUAGAGGAGUUAAAAAAUUUGCCAGGAGAUGCUAGAACUCAAAUAGGGUUUUUAGCUUAUGAUUCGGCCUUACACUUUUAUUCAUUCGCCGAAGGAUUAAGCAGACCCCAUGAAAUGACUAUACUGGACAUUGAGGAUGUGUUUCUUCCUACACCAGAUAAUUUGCUUGUCAAUUUAAAAGACAAAAUGGAAUUAGUUGCGGAACUACUUUCCCAAUUACCGACGAGGUACAACGGUACUUUUGACAACAACUCCGCUUUAGGUGCCGCUUUACAAGUAGCGUAUAGAAUGAUGACAGCCACAGGAGGUAGAGUAACAGUUUUCCAAGCUUCUCUUCCCAAUAUUGGACCUGGUGCUUUGACUGCAAGAGAGGAUCCUUCUCAAAGAGCAUCGGUGGAAGUAUCGCAUUUAAACCCUGCCAAUGACUUUUAUAAAAGGUUAGCUCUAGAGUGUAGUGGCCAACAGAUAGCUGUAGACUUGUUCGUUGUUAAUUCUACGUAUGUUGAUAUAGCUACGAUAUCCGGAAUAAGUAGGUUUAGUGGGGGAUGCAUUCACCAUUUUCCUCUUUUCAAAAUAACGAAGACUGUAGAUUGUGAGAGUUUCGAAAGAUGUUUCCGACGAUACCUAUUAAGGAAAAUAGGUUUCGAGGCCGUUAUGAGAAUAAGAUGCACAAGAGGAUUAUCCAUCCAUACUUUUCAUGGCAAUUUCUUUGUACGAUCCACAGACUUAUUGUCCCUGCCUAAUAUUAAUCCGGAUGCCGGUUUUGGUAUGCAAGUUGCUAUAGAAGAGAGCCUGUCUGAUGUGCAGACGGUUUGCUUCCAAGCGGCUUUAUUGUACACGUCCAGUAAAGGUGAACGUAGAAUAAGAGUACAUACUAUGUGCCUCCCUGUUGCUUCUACCUUGCAGGACAUAAUUCACUCUGCUGACCAACAGUGCAUCGUGGGAUUGUUAUCUAAAAUGGCUGUUGAUCGAUCGAUGCAAUCUAGUCUUUCAGAUGCCCGAGAGGCAUUUAUCAACGUAGCAAUAGAUAUAUUAACCAGUUACAAGAUGUCUCAAAAUUUGAGCACUCCUAUAUCUGGAUUAAUAGCACCCAACUGCCUGAAACUGCUACCCCUGUAUAUAUCGGCACUUCUUAAACAUACCGCUUUUAGAACUGGUACAACCACAAGGGUGGAUGACAGGAUUAAAGCGAUGAUCGACAUGAAAACGAAGCCUUUAUACAUUUUAAUUCAAAUGAUAUAUCCUGAUUUAUACCCGAUUCAUGAUUUAGAAAACCAGCAACUUAUUCUGAACGCGGAGGAAGAACAGGUUUCUGUGCCGCCUAGGCUGCAUUUAUCGGCCAGAUCUUUAGAUAAUAAGGGUGCAUUUUUAUUGGACAUGGGUGAACAUAUGGUUAUAAUGGUGCUACCAAAUGUUUCAUCAGAAUUUUUAAACGAAGUCUUAGGUGUUCCCUCUUACGACACCAUUUCUGACCAGAUGUUUGAAAUUCCUGUUUUAGACAACCCCAGAAAUCAAAGACUUCAUAAUUUUGUUAACUAUUUAAAUGAAGACAAACCAUUUGCAGCUACAAUACAAGUGAUAAGAGACAAUAGUCCGAAUAGAGUUUUGUUUUUGGAACGGUUAAUUGAGGAUCGUGUUGAGAACGCUCUUUCUUAUCAUGAGUUUCUGCAACAUUUAAAGACUCAAGUGAAGUAAGCAUAAUCAUACAAGGGAUAAAUUCUUUUUCAUAAUCAUGUUUAAUUUAAUGCAAAUUUAUUGCUCAAUAAAAUUUGAAAGUGGA